UCAGCACUACCGAUGAGAUCACAGCCUGCACCACACAAGAAGUGCGAUGUCAACAGCAGACCAGCAAGCAGUGGAGCCUACUCCAUCAUCUAAUAAUAAAACUUCCAGCUCUUAUGAAGCCGCUGAAACAGAUACUGUAAAUAAAUAUGAGCCAGUUUCUCCCCAUUGGUUUUACUGCAAGGAAGUAGAUUCCAGAGAAAGGUGGAUUCCCUUCAGUAGACAAGACUCAGAAAAGCUGGAAAUUGCCCAUCAAUCCAGUAAGCACUGUGAGGAGCUGGUUGUUCCAACAGAAGGAGGAAGAUAUGAUGUCCAUUUGAAGAAGCGGCUACGCCGUGCUGUUUACUGGGAGGAAGUGGAAUCAGAAGUGAAACGCUGCACUUGGUUUUACAAAGGAGAGAAAGACAACAGAUAUAUUCCAUACUCUGAGAGCUUCAGUGAACAGUUAGAGGACACCUAUAUGAUCUGUGUGACUUUAGAUGAGUGGAAAAAGAAACUGGAAUCCCCAACCAGGGAAAUAAUUAUACUGCAUAACCCAAAGUUGAUGGUGCAUUAUCAUCCAGUAACGAUCAGUGACGACUGGGGCACAAGCCCCACAGAACAAGGUCGACCAAGGACUGUGAAGAGAGGAGUGGAAAAUAUUUCUAUAGAAAUCCCUAAUGGGGAACCUUUACAAAUAGAUCAUUUGGUUUUUGUUGUUCAUGGAAUUGGACCAGCCUGUGAUAUCCGGUUUCGAAGUAUUGUCCAGUGUGUCAAUGACUUCCGCAGUGUUUCCCUGAAUAUGCUGCCGGCGCACUUCAAGAAAGCUCAAGAGCAGCAGCAGAUUGGAAGAGUAGAAUUCCUCCCAGUGAACUGGCACAGCACUUUACAUACCGGUGUAGACGUAGAUUUGGAGAGAAUCACCUUGCCAAGCAUCAACCGUUUGCGUCAUUUCAUCAAUGACACCAUCCUGGACGUUUUCUUCUAUAAUAGCUCCACCUACUGCCAGACCAUUGUGGAUACAGUUGCUUCAGAAAUGAACCGGAUUUAUUUGCUCUUCUUGGAAAGGAAUCCUGACUUUAAAGGGGGAGUCUCAAUAGCAGGUCAUAGCUUAGGAUCACUUAUAUUGUUUGAUCUUCUCACCAAUCAAAAAUGCACCCCUGAAGGAGAGGAAGAUAAACAUGAAGGGUCGCAGAUUCUAGCAACUGGCUGUGAAGGCAUCGGCCCUGUGAGAGACAUUUUGAUGGAACUUGACCUGCUGGAAUAUUGCUCCGUGUUUGAGAAGGAGCAAGUGGAUAGUCAAGCACUGGCCUUGUGCACGGAGAAGGAACUUAUAGACAUGGGAAUUCCUUUGGGACCCAGAGUGAAAAUCCUCAACUACUUAAGGAACAAAGUCAACAGCCAGAAUUCUCACAUGCAAGUACCUGCAGCUUCUGGGGAAGGCGGAGAUGCCAAACAGGAGGGAGAGACAAGGUGCCGACGUUUGGAUGUUGUGACAGGGCAGGUGUCUGCAAAUUAUCCUCAGUUAAUCUACAAGCCACAGAUCUUCUUUGCUUUUGGGUCCCCCAUUGGAAUGUUCCUCACGGUACGGGGUGUGAACAGGAUCGAUCCAAACUACAGACUGCCUACGUGCAAAGGCUUCUUCAACAUCUUUCAUCCUUUUGACCCCGUGGCAUACAGAAUUGAACCACUGAUCCUCCCUGAUGUGGAGUUUGAGCCCAUGCUGCUGCCUCACCAUAAAGGAAGGAAAAGGAUGCAUUUAGAACUGAAGGAAGGCUUCACGCGGAUGAGCAUGGACCUCAAAAACAACUUGCUGGGCUCCCUGAGGACAGCCUGGCAGUCAUUCACCAGGACUUCAUUGCCAGCAGUGGAAGCAGGAGCUUCUGGGGAGGCUGAACACGAAUCGGAAACUGAAGCCAGUUCAGAGAAACAAACUGAAGAGAAACCUGAAGAGCCAGCGACAGCAGCAAAAGAAGCGCCCUCUCCAGUUCAUGUGGGCAUGCUCAAUGGGGGCCAUCGCAUUGACUACGUACUUCAGGAGAAACCAAUUGAAAGCUUCAAUGAAUAUCUGUUUGCACUGCAAGGCCAUCUCUGCUACUGGGAGUCAGAGGACACAGUGCUGUUGCUUCUGAAAGAGAUUUACCAAACGAAGGGCAUCAGCAUGGACCAGCCUCUCCUGUAAAGGCACACUGACCAGCUGCCCUGGCCCAGUCACCAAAUAUGUAUUCCACAUUGAAAGCUCAUCAGGACUUCUGUCCGUCUUCCUCUUUGCUCAUUUGUUGCCGUGAUGUGCCCAGCAUGUUUUGCCCCCAUUGCCUGGAGUUCUGGAGGACCCAUCACCCCAGUGUUAUUCCACAGUAAAUGUCGCAGGCGCCAGAUCUCACUGCUGACGGCACCCCAUGUUACCUUUGGUGAAAGCCAGUGUGUUUCAUGUCGCAAGAUCACCUGCCUCAAACCUGGUUGCACACGAGCUGGGCUAGGAAUUGGUGCUAGAACGUCACACCUCUUCAGUGAGAAAGCAGGAUAUUGAUAUGAAAUUAGGGAAUGUUAUAUUUGGCUGAGGAAAGCUGUGAGGUGUCCUUGCUCUGUAAUUGCACUGGACAUCCAGCAUGGAAUAUUUCUGUUUUGGAUAGUGGAUUUUUGUUCUGCGCACCUUAUUAUUCCUGCUUUGUCCAACGGGGGAACGACAGACCAAAGCAAAGGGCUGCUUAAACCGAUACGUGUCCUCCUGUGGCAGGCGCUACCAUGAUGCCAUUGGUCAUAUCUUACCUUGGUGAGGAAGUCACGUAACUGCUCACCCAGGAAGAAACUGACACCAGGGAGAUUGGUUCCUGUUUACAACUGCUGGGUGUAGAAAUGAUUCUUCUAAUUCUGGUAUUAUUUACCCUCUGCUUAGUUUAUUUUUUUCCAGGCCACUUUGGCACCCUGGAGAGCCAAAGAAGGUCUUGGAUGCAUCUCUGUGUUGAGAGUUACACUGGGUAUAGGGUCUUAUACAGGCAGCUGUACAACCAGGGAGAGAUAUUGUGCUGUUGCGAUGCUUCUGUCUUCACCUGGAGAAAACAGUGCUUUGCGGAUCCUUUGGUUCUCUUUGGCAUCUCCCCAUGGUCAAUCUCCACGACUGAACAUCCAUUCACGUCAGGCUAAUUCUAAUCCCACCGGGGAAAAUCAGGCCAGGAUCAAGGAGCAGAGCAGAGCCUGUACACGAGGAAAGCAGCGGCAUGGUGCAGCACAUUGGGAGCUCUAUUUGGUCAUGGGUGAUGAGGUCCCAGCAAGCAGCUAAGGGAAAACCGGUGUGUGCCUGCUUGCCUGGAGACCCUGCUGGCAAGAAGGGUCUCCAGCAAGCCGAGAAGUAAGAAAUAGGCAUGUGCCUGUUUGAUACCUGUGCAAUAGAUUGCGUUAAAUUGCCGGGUAGCUGCAUUGGAUCCUGAUGAUCUCUAGUUAAUAUGAAAGGUGAGAUGCUUACCUCAUUUGCACCUGAGGCUUGGGUCAGGAAAGAAAGAGUGUGGGGAAACACCGGUUCCUUGUACAAACUGCCGUACAAGUGAGAUCCUAUCCCCAUCAGAAAGAAAAGAGAAUUUGCUCUCGGUUAGCCAGGGAGUGGGACUGUGGACGCCUUGCCAGCCGGAUCUGUGUUACAAUUCGGUGCAUGGCAGAGCAGUAUGGAUUUGCUUCAGUAUGUGCUGCCCUCUUGGGACACUGGAGCCGGGGAAGGCGUUCCAGGAUGAAUGCAGGCUGGCUAUAUGGUGAUGUGACUGCACGGCGUUACUGUACGGUGGUGAUGCACUUCAGUUGUCUCAGCAUAACCAUUGGGUAUUCUGAAACAAAGCAUGGUCUCCAUGGGUUUGCUGCUAUUGUCAGGGAUCCCCUUAUGCAAGGGCAACGGAAAGCAACAGUGUGUUCAUGACUGGGGUGUAAUUGUGCUAUAUUCUCUCUGUAGUAUGUCUCAAACUCUCCGCCUGUUUUUAGUGUGAUAAUUGUCCCCAUUCUUUGCACUAUUUGUCACUGCAUCGGUCAUUGCCUCAUCCACCAGCGCUGCAGCUGCGACUGAGUCAUGCCAUUCGGCAUGGCCGGAUUUUGCAUUAGAACCUCUCUGAGAGCAGAAGAGUCCAGGCUUAGUUCAUCUCAUCCUAAAAAGAAGUCGAAGUUUAUGCACUUUGUAAAAUAUGUCUAUUUAAAGAUGUUAUUUAACUUUUUUCCAAUAAAUGUUUGGUUUUGGUGCUUUUCUUAGAA